UCUGGCUCCCGUCCCACCCAGCGCCAGGCCACGCCCAGGCGCGUGACGUCAGCACGCCCCGUGCGUGCGUCGCGGCGCACACUGGGGCCCGGCUUUCGCCUGCUGCCGCCGCCGCGGCUGCUCUCCCAAGAUGGCGGCUCCUCCGGGCGAGUACUUCAGCGUUGGGAGCCAGGUGUCGUGCCGGACGUGCCAGGAACAGCGGCUGCAGGGCGAGGUGGUAGCCUUUGAUUACCAGUCCAAAAUGCUGGCUUUAAAAUGCCCCUCUUCCAGUGGAAAGCCCAACCAUGCAGACAUUUUGCUCAUAAACCUACAGUACGUUUCCGAAGUGGAAAUAAUUAAUGAUCGAACAGAAACCCCUCCUCCUCUCGCUUCUCUCAACGUUAGUAAGCUUGCCAGCAAAGCACGGACGGAGAAGGAGGAGAAGCUGAGCCAGGCCUAUGCAAUCAGUGCUGGAGUCUCCCUAGAGGGCCAGCAACUCUUCCAGACCAUUCACAAGACCAUUAAAGACUGUAAAUGGCAAGAAAAGAACAUUGUAGUCAUGGAAGAAGUUGUUAUUACACCCCCUUAUCAAGUGGAAAACUGUAAAGGCAAAGAGGGAAGUGCACUGAGCCAUGUACGCAAAAUAGUUGAAAAACAUUUUAGAGACGUGGAAAGCCAAAAGAUCCUGCAGCGUUCACAAGCGCAGCAACCACAGAAGGAGGCUGCCCUGUCCUCCUGAGUCCCGGCGCACCAGGACUCUUCCAGCAUCCAGCCCCGAGGCGCUGGGGGCUUCGGCAGAGGCAGGCCGGGGGAGGGAAGGGAUCCUAUAUUUCCUGUUGGCUCCUGUUACCAGAGGGUCAGCGUUUCCAAAUCUUAGACUUGAACAAACAAAACACCCAACAAAAAGAACAAGAGAGUAAUUUAAACGUUGAAUCAUUACUUGACUAACAGACUUUGGUCCACCAUGUCCUUUUCACAGCCCCCUUGUGGAACAGUCACCUUGUUAAUUUUAUUUUUGAGACUCCCUUUCCUGCGCUACCUUCUCAUUCUGCCUCUCCUUUCCUAGGCUGUUCCUACCAUUCUGUUUUUAUAAGUGGCUACACUUGCCUUCUGAGUGAUUGAAGGAAACUUUUACAUCUUCCAGAAUAAAAAUAACAAGCUGACUGUGACUCUUUGAGACCAAAACAGUAAGCAGGUCUCACUUGAAAAUUUCUUUUCUCCUCCAACCCCAUCCCUCCUUUCUUUCUUUUUGUUUUUUUUCCUUUUCCUUUUUUUUUUUUUUUUUUUUUUUUCUGCACAGGGCAUGGCUUGGAUUAGUUUUAUUUUUCUUAACUUUAAAUAUAUAUAUGAAAAUAUGUAUUAAAAUGUUCUCUAAAUAUUUUCUGCUUCUUGCAGGUCUCUUUUUACUAGAUCAUGGCCACUGUUCCCACCUCAUCCCUCCGAAAAUAAAAAAUGUACUGCCCUCCCACCACCCACAGCCAGGCAGCCUGACCUUGACCUAGCUCACAGCAAGAAUCUCCUGCAGCACUUUGUAGAGCCUGUGUGUGCCGCCGGGAUUUGGCGUAGAGGGUUCCUGAUGGCUCCUUAGUUUGACCUGUGUGUGUGGCAGUCUCACAUCUGGCCCAGACCUCAGGACUCUCUCUGCCUCUUGUCUUACUUCAUGGUACUGGAAGAACCUCCUUGCCACGCUCUCUGGACGGGAGAGCGAGCCGAGCCGCCCUUGUCCUGUGCCUCUGCGGGAAGAACUCUGGCACGGCACAACUUAGUUCCUCCUCAAGGGAUGGGUUCCUUGUACAAGGAACCUAUUGUCCAUCUACCCCGACCUUUCUUUAAGUCUGGAUCCAGAGCCACUAGCCCACAGGAAGAGGCUUGAGUGACCUAGAGUUGAUUUCCUCCUGCUCUUACG